UUAAAUGGUACAACUUUCAAACUAUGGCGGGGAAGCAGGAAGAAGCAGGCGUGUCAUUAAAUGCUGUGUCAUACCGGGUUGGUGAUGGGGAUUUCAGUGGAUUGGAAGCAAUUGACAAACAGUGCAGCGAACUCUAUCCAGACCAAUUAAAUCCUUUUCAGGCAACUACACUUGUCAAGUUUUGGAUGGGCGGCUCUGAUCCAUUAGACUACAUCAGUAUGUACUCCAAUGAUGGGGAUGACAGCAAGGGAAUCCCUUGCCACUGGCAUUACGUUACUUACGGCUUCAGUGAUCUCUAUGGUGAUGGACGAGUUCAUCAAACAUCAGGGCCAGGCCAGCCAAGUGGGUUUGGGUUUGAGCUCACCUUUAGGCUGAAAAAAGAAGCAAAUGAAGGAGCAGCCCCUAUGUGGCCAGCUCAACUGAUGAAUAGGCUGGCCAAGUAUGUCUUCCAGACAGGAAAUGUUUUGCACACGGGUGAUCACAUACCAUGGAACAAAUCAUUAAAUGGAAAGUCCGCCUCAAAGAUCAGACACAUGUUGAUCACAGAUGACCAAGAUUUACCUCCCCUUUCCACAAAAUUUGGCACUGUGGAGUUUAGACAGGUAGUUGGAGUGAUGGAUGAUGAAGUGAAAGCUGCUCAGAGAUGGAGAGGAGCUGCGGUCAUUGAUCUCAUUGCCUCUCUUAAACGGGUGGGGCGUUGCCAUAUAACUGACAUGAAGCGCCAGAAGUCAGUGUUUGAUGUGAAGCCAGACAUGACACUGUUAGUGAAAGAAGGGAUAGAGAGAGACGGAUCCAGCCUGGGUCAUGUUACCGCACUCUGCAGCUGGUGCAAACCAGGAGAGAGUGUGGUAGCUCCGUCUGGAUCUCAAAAGUCAAAAGCUAUGAGUAAUUCUCAUCCUAGUCCAGCUGAGGUGGAGAAAUUGGACAGUGCACAAUUGAGAUUUGAUGCGGAGGCUGCAGAGUUACUACCCCUGGUUGUCAAAGCUAGGCUGAAGAAAGGCCGAUUUUUCAUCUUUCAUAGUGGUACCAACCACACAAUUCAUUUAAUACCAUCGGGUAUGAAAGAUGAAAAUGUAGUGGUAACACUGGAAGACCCCCUUGUAGCUCAAGGCUCUUAUCUGCAGGUGUACUGUUCCCGUGAUUUACUUGACCACAUGUGUACAGACCUGGAAAAGCUGAACAAAUUAGAUCAGGUUCAGCACUUUCCUGUGGAGUUUAAGUUUGCUGACCCAAGUAUAGUUCUUCAGGUAUACAAGAGAGGGGAGUUACCAUGACCAUGCUGUGUUAGUGGACAUCUGCCCUGGGCGGGUGAGGGACGUGUUUAGUGAAGGACACCGCUAGUUACUGCUACUUUCAUCUCAAACGAGAACUUCAUCCAUUCCAUUUUAUGUAUAUGCCACCUGUUGUUUUAACUGUCAUUUGGUGAAUUUAACUUUAAUUUAUGGAGUGGUGGCUGACUGGAGUUUUACAGGUUUUAAUGCUGGCUAGGUGUUAGUUGUUAAUUAGGAAACCUGUAUAUCAUACAACUGUGUUAG